GACCUGGUUGCCCUCUACGGUCCAGGGAAGCGGCAGACAGUGGCGAGAUGGAUCAACAUGGCGAAGGCCCCGUUCUCGAGCGACGAUGCCAUCAUGGGUUUCCUGCGCGAGAAGCCCUAUUGGCCUCAUGGGUAUGUGUGCGGAAACCCUCACUUCGACGGGUCCGACGCCUCUGCCCGGCUCAAUGGGGACUACAUGAUGGCGGCGCUGAAGCUGCUGGAGGAGGCCCUGGCCAAGUCCAAGGCGGUGAACGUCAGCAGCUUCAUCGGGGAGUAUUGCAAGCCGAUGCUCAUCGCGCAGCUUUGGGAGAAGGGGACCUUGGCCAAGUUCGGCAACAAUGUGGGGAAGCUUCCCAUCUUCGCCAGGGUGAUGCGUCACUUGAAAACUGAAGGUGGGAGGCAGGAGAUCUUGGCAUGCGCCAAGAGUGCCACGCCGCUGCAUGGGAAGAAUGGCGCGGAGGGAGUCAAGGAAUGCUCGCAGCUUGUGGCGGAGCUGCAGAAGUUGAGGGACGCCGCAACAGCGGCAGCAACGACUGCAUCAGGGACCCCUGCCACGGCCGCGUCGCACACGCCCAUGAGCGGUACCACUGGGGGGGAGGCAGACACGACUGCAGAUGCUGACAUGGGCAUGCUGGUUAUGGAGGACGCAGAUGACGCUGCGAAGGACCCCAUUGCACAGCGGGCCAGUCAGUUGGCCCUGGCCGAGCUGGGAGGCAUUGACAUUGUGCACAAUGACUUCGACGCCUUCCUGGUGCAGCUGCAGGAGACCAUUGGGACGAACGAGAAGUUGAUCUUCGUGCUCGAUGCGGUAACCAGCAAGGCGACAAUCCUGCUGGCCGGCCUGAAGAGGCUGAAGCAGGCAGUGAAUCAGCUGCCCGGGGGAGCAUCCGAACGGUGGGUUGCUGUCAUUCCCGUGGGAAGAAGAUUCGACGUCCUGAGCUGCCUGCACGAGGCGUUGAUCACGGAGUUCAAAGAGAACGGCACGUUCUGUGUACAGUGCACAGGGGGCGAUGUCCAGUCAUCGCGACAGCUCCCCACGUUCGUGCUUGUGAGUCAGGCCAAGCUCUGCAAGGGGGAGAAGGUGCCGUGCAGCUAUAGCAUGAACUCUGUUCGUGCCAAGGCAUGGGAAGGCCUGAGGCAGCGGUGCCUGGAUGAACACUGUCCGUUGCGGGACUCAGGGAAGCCUCUGGAGCUGGACGUUGCGUUGGAUGAACAGGAACAGGGAGGUGACUGCAUCGACAUCCAAGAGGACGACGAGGAGCCCGACGCAGGAACAACGCCAUCCAAAGGGACGCAGCCGCAGGAUCCAGACAGCGUGCCUGAUGCCUUGAAGAAGGAGCUCUACCCCUUCACUCGUCCUGUGGAGCAAGGCCUUGGGCUUGAAAUGCUUGAAGCGGAGCAGCGGCAUCUUGCGUGGAACCCUAAACAUAACUACUGUCUGCAGCCCCAAUUAUUUUUGCUUUACCUGCUGCAGAGGCAAAAGGCUGCUGACUGGCAUUUGCCAUGCUGCCACAGCGAGCCGCGUCAUCAUUCUCACCCGCACUGCUCACCCAGGGCUACUCGUGGCGGGGAGAAUGCUACGUUUGCGGGUGCACGCUUUCUUCGAUUCCACCAAGAUUCAUAG